CAGGCCAUAAUAUCCCCCCCAUCUGGACCAUACACAAACAUACACACACACUUACGUACACGUCCAGCAGACAUACAUACACACACACACACACACAUACACACACACACCCACCCCACACACACACCGCGCUCUCAGGGACCGGGCCGGCAUGUCGUUGGCGCACAUGGCUUCCACGAACAAACAGAGGGAACCGGGCGACGACGUGUUCGACGGAUUCCAGACGAGGUACAAGUCGUUCGCCACCGAGGCCAUUCACGUUGGCCAGGAACCGGAACAGUGGAAAUCCAUGGCCGUGGUGCCGCCGAUCUCCCUCUCCACUACCUUCAAGCAGUCCUCACCCGGAAACCACGCCGGGUUUGAAUACAGCCGGAGUGGAAACCCCACGAGAAACUGUUUGGAGAACGCUGUGGCAGCUCUGGAUGGGGCAAAGCAUUGCCUAGCUUUGGCCUCGGGGCUGGCAGCUACUUUGACUAUUACACAUCUGCUGAAAGCUGGAGAUGGUAUCGUUUGUAUGGAUGAUGUGUAUGGAGGCACCAAUCGUUAUUUCCAAAAGAUUGUGUCUCAACUUGGUGUGGAUGUGUCUUUCGCCGACUGUACUAAAGUGGAUAUCCUCCAGGCAGCUCUCAAGCCCAAUACUAAGCUGGUGUGGAUUGAGACGCCCACAAACCCCACUAUGAAGGUCGUAGACAUUAAAGCUUGUGCUGACAUGGUCCAUAAGCAGAACAAGGACAUUGUGGUUGUGGUGGAUAACACCUUUAUGUCUGCUUAUUUCCAGCGCCCCCUGGCAUUGGGGGCUGACAUCUGCAUGUACUCUGCCACCAAGUACAUGAAUGGCCACAGUGAUGUUGUAAUGGGCUUAGUAUCGGUGAACCGUGAGGAUCUGUAUGAGCGUCUGAAAUUUCUACAGAAUGCACUGGGAGCCGUUCCGUCUCCCUUCGACUGUUUCCUGUGUAACCGUGGGCUGAAGACGCUUCACCUCCGGAUGGAGCGCCACUUCACGAACGCCAUGGCCGCUGCAAAGUUCCUGGAGGGGGACUGUCGAGUGGACCGUGUCAUCUUCCCAGGCCUCCCGUCUCACCCCCAGUAUGAGAUAAUGAGGAAACAGUGCACCGGAUGCCCGGGGAUGAUCGCCUUCUACAUCAAGGGUGAACUGGAGCACGCCACCGUCUUUCUCAGCAGCCUCAAGUUAUUUGCAGUUGCUGAGAGCCUUGGUGGUUAUGAAAGUUUAGCAGAACACCCGGCAAUCAUGACCCACGCAUCGGUGCCGGAGAGGGAGAGAGUCGUCUUGGGGAUCAGCGACACUUUGAUCCGUCUCUCGGUGGGACUGGAGGAUGAGUCGGACAUCAUUGGGGACCUGGACCAAGCGCUGAAUGCCGCACAUCCAAAGAAGUAACUAAAUACUGGGUUACUCCGAGAUGGAUGCGGUGAAUGGAGAUUUGACCGAGCCAACGCCAGACCGGAUGAACCAGCACUUACGAAGACAGAGGCACUGAUGGAUGUGUCUCAUGUCAGGGCUUAUAUAUAUAUAUACUGUAGUUUAGAUCAAGUCAACAGGGAACAGCCAGUCCUCUGGGGUUAAAAAAAAGACUUAUCUUAUGUUAAUAACUGCAUUUUUACAUAAGUUUCUUUUUAAUACAGAUUUUACUAAAGGAACAACAGUUAUCUUUUAUUUAUCCAAUGAUUUUGUUUGGUUUCAUGUUCUUAUGUGUUCUUGUGUAUUUUUUGUUUGUUUGAAGGACUCUGAUGGGGCACGGCAAGAGACCGUUUUAUCCAAUGAAAUCUGAUAUGACUUGAGAGUUUCUACAGCCAAACACUGUACAAUAUUUUCCAAGUCAUAUUCAAUUGAGACUGUCCUCCACCAAAAAACGACCCCAUCGGUCAUUUGUACAAGCAGUUUAUUACGACCUAUAGUUACGUUUUAAGCUACUUCCUCGCGGUCCUCCGUAAUUAUAAUACAUUACUUUCCCUGUAACAAUAAGCGAUCUACUUCCAUAAGCUCUCGUGAGAACGAAUAUUAAUAAAAGAAAAAUUUAAUGUCACAUAGCGGCUAUAAUGUCCACGCUAGCUGACUUUCUAACUUUAGGCUAACAUUAAGUUAGCUCUUAUAAAGUUAUUCAUAGGUAAACAUACUGCCAGUAGCAAUCCUAGUUACUAUACUAGACAGCAAAAAAAACACAAAAAUGCACUAACUACAUAUUCUAUUGUUCUCAACUUGUUUUAAAAACCCACAAUGCACAGAGGCUAAAAGUAUAUGUGGCAUAUCUCCUGCCACCAGAAGGGGUGCUAAUUUAGGGAACGCUCCUGUGGGUCGUAUUAGAGGACAAACGACCUAUGUGGUCAUAUGGGUUGGAGGACUUGUUGACUCAAUUAUGAGGCUAUUCAGAGGAAUUGCAUCAUGGGAUUGUGUUGGCAGACCGAAUGAUUACAAAGCAGGAAGCUGCCAUCUUAAUUCGCCUGUCCCUAAUCUAAUAAUUCUGAGUAAACUCUAUAAUUCUAGUAAAGGAAUUGAUUGUUGAUUUUUUUUUUUAAUUAGAGUUAAAAAAAACAAACUGCUGCGCUUCAUUAAGUGUAUGUCGGGUGAAAAGAGAGGUCUGAAUGAGAUUUUAACCCAUUAGCGACUGUCAGGUACACAUUUACUCUCCUUCAGUUCGCUCGCUCAGAAGAAGGCUCCAUUUGUGUUUCUGAGCUCGAACCCGAGACGCUCUGUUCAUGUUAGGGUUUUAUCUGUGGUGAUAAAGGACAAAAAAAAAGAAGCUUUUUACUCAGGCAAGUCUAUCACUCCUCUGUUUGCUCUCAAUUACAUAUCACCUCAGGCAAGUCUAUCGCUCUGUUUGCGCUCAAUUACAUAUCGCCUCAACACUGGUGUACAGUAGCUACGCUACGUUUGGUUCAGGCUGCGCUCGAUCAAUGUCACCUGUGUCACCACUGGAAUCCAUUAAAAUCAAUUUGCAGUACAA